AUGAAGAGAAAAAACCUACAUUGGGAUCUCUCAAUCCCCAAUAUAGAGCAAUGGCUCACUCAAAAAUCAGCUUUCUGCCUAGGUCUCAAAUAGCUUCCUUAAUAGGCCAAGAGAAGCAAAUAUGAAUUCUAAUUGUACAGUAAUUGUUUAUUAAUUUGAUUGGUGCAUUAAAAUUAUAUUAUAAAAGUUCAUGAUUGAGUAUUUUAAUAUUAUUUAAAAAUUGAAAAGAUACUUCUAGCCAUUGGUUUAUUGAUGUUAAUAGGAACACUUUAAAAUGUUCAAUAGCAUAAUUCACAAAUUAUUAAGCAACCUAUAAUAAAUAAUACUAAUAAUCUGAACUACUAUAUAGAUUAUAAGUUUAUGAGGCUAACCUUGCUCUGUUGGAAGAAAAAUCUUUGGAGAAACAUAAUUCACAGAUCUUACAGAUGAAGAAUUUGCAGCUACAUACUUAAUUCAUCAAGUUCUUCCAAAAGAUUUGGAAGUACCGAAAAAGAAUUUGAA